CAGGCUGUGAAGCGAGCAAACAAGCGCAGGGCAAUUUUCUCCGUUCUUCUCAAGACUUGAGGGUCGGAGCGGCACGAUUUGGUUGUUUAUCCUCGCUUAAUUUGAAGUUCGAUUGGAUUCUUCUUCGGAAACUGAAGACCCUCCUGCCAUGUCGUCGUCCUACGACAAGGUGCGCGGUGGAAAGCUGAGCUUUAAGGGCGGAUUGGGUCCAGAGAAGACGAUCGACAAGAAAAAAAAAAAAAAGACUAAGAAGGACCCCAAGCAGGAUGGCGAAGCCGAGGAUGCGGGUGGCAAUCAGGAGAAGAGUGCGGAGGAUGAUGUCAUUGAUACUGGAACGGGGCACGCCCCCGACGGCAAGAAGAGCAAGAAGUAUGAAGAGCUUUUCCCUGUGGAGACCAGGAGAUUUGGGUACGUGAUCCCGAAGGCCAAAUCGCGAGAAGCUGCCUUGGAUGAGCGCGUGAAGAAGAAGGCGGACCGUUAUUGCAAGUAGGGUGUGGGCUCAUUCAUGUUGGCGCCUGAAGCUUGCGCCAUUCAGGUGGUGCAUUCUCCUGCACAUCUGAUUUGUAAACGAUGAAGUAUUGAGCAUCCUAUUUUGUACAUGUGUUGAGGAUUUGUUGAUGGACUCUGCCAUUGUCUGAUUGCAAUCAUUGGCUACCUGUCUGUCCCGGUUUGUAAUCACUACAAAGAGCUAUGAAGGUGUAGUGGGGCUUUUGUGCGUGGUGAUGAAAGGUGUAACCUCAGCUUGAGCGUAUCAUAGCCCCGUAGUUCUUCUUUUGUCUGAGUCUAACUUUUGACUCCUGCAUGUCACACUUAGCAGUUUCCCCAAGAUGGCUUUUGUUUGUCAUCUUCCGACCGAGUCGAAGAGCUUGUGCUCUGCUAAGCGAAGCUCCUCUGAAUCUAGUAUCAAGGAGGCACUUUUGCAAUUUGCUAUAAAGUGACGGGUGGCAAGUCUGUCGAACUGCUUCAACAAGUGGCAGCUCAUUGUGUAAUUCAAAGCAGUUGGAAGAUGUAGCUGACUUGAGAUCUGAAGGCUAGUACACUUCUGGAGGUGAUCUGUGUAUAUUCUCAUACUGAUUUCCUAGCAUAGGACGCUCUUUGUAGUAAAGUUAAGAUUAUUGUGUAAGGUGAGCUCCUAAGUUGCGGAUGGAUAUGAGUGGGGAGUGAUUCUCAAAUGCUCACAUUGCUUGCAAAAGAAGUCUAAUGCAAUUUAUUCUCGUAGUGCUAUGGGAGUUCAUGGUUGACUGCGAGUGCAUCGGGAGAUACUCAUUUCUGGAUACUUGCUGAAAAUGCUGAUGCCUUGUUGAAUCAGGGUCCUAGGAUUCGCAUAUCCGCGUUUAGAGUAACAACAGUGACUAUCGUAUUAGACUUGAACCUGUUUUUGUGAUGCCUUGCAAUUUU